AUGAUAUCAUCAACGUCCAUACCCCGAUCAUCAUCACCUCUUCGACCCAAUGACUCCUCUUCAUCCCACCUCUCCUCGAAAUCAGAAGCGCGGAGAAUUGCCUUAUCAGCCCUGGAAGGUUUAGGUGCAGGUCGAGAGCUAGAAGAUCAUAGGCGUAGUCCACCUGAACAGGUGAGAGAUCCAGAGGGAGUUUUACUCAAGUUUAUUGAGCAUCUCACAUCAACUGAAAAUCAAGAUUUCGAACCUCAUCUUACAGCUAUAGGAUAUGAACUGGAAGCUCUCCUAUCGAUAUAUGGUGGAUCAGCAGUCAAACUUUCUUUUGCUUCCAGACCAUCAUCAAUCAUCUCUUCUUCAUCGCUUACCACCAAUGAUCUACCUCCUUCGUUACCUACUUCAUCCUCGGUAUCGAGCCGGAUGGAAAGAAGAAGAGAUAGUCAACAAUAUACAGAUGCAUUAUGGGACUUAGAAAUCGGUUUCACACCCGGAGAGAGAAUACGUUAUGAGAUUACUUUACCGAUAUACGAAGAAGGUGAAUCAUUGGAUGGGAUAGAUCCAACAAAGUUACCUGAGAAACCACCUACGAUGAGGAUAUUGGUCAGUCUACCGCCUACAUACCCUAAUUCGAGUCCACCGCAGUUACAGUUGUUGGGAAGGUAUUUGGGUAGUUUUGGGAUAGAUAGUGGAUUGUUCGGCGAUAUAACCCGCACAUACAUCUCUUCAACCGGCGUGCCAUUCGUCCCAGGCGAUGUCUGUGUAUUUGACGGUCUGACUCACGUCCAAUCAGUCGUAAGGCAAUGGUACAUCUCGCAUUUAUCCUCAUUACAGGAAGGCGAAUCUGCCCGUGAUGCAGAACGAAAACAAAACCAAAAUCAGCGUCAGGCAGUGGAAGAACAUCAUCUUAUACGAGGAAUGUCCACAUUAGAUAUCAAUUCUUCUGAACGAGAACGAGAAUAUCACUUUCCAUCAGACACAGGGGAAAUACCAGAAUCAUCUUCAUCGGUGUCUAGACCUCCUACACUUCGAUCAACAUUCUCAUACUCGUCCUCACCUAACGAUUCUUCGGAUGAACUGAUCGACAUGAGCAAGUUGAAGAUAUGGACGUCGGAACCGAUCGUAGAUCGUAAAUCUACGUUCGUAGGACAUGCGAUAAGAGUGACCAACGAGAGAGAGAUACCGUUGAUCAUACAUGAGUUAUUGAAUGAUAAGAAAAUUGCCAAAGCGGCGCAUCCGGCUAUAUUCGCUUAUAGACUUGUGAGGGAGGUUGGUGGAGCGGCGGGCAAAGUAUAUGAGAGUGACUACGACGAUGACGGUGAGACAGCCGCUGGAUCCCGUCUAAAGCACCUCCUAGACAUACUGGAACUGGAAAAUGUAUUGAUAGUAGUGACAAGGUGGUUUGGAGGUAUCCACCUAGGUCCCGAUAGGUUCAAACAUAUCAAUCAGGCUGCUCGGGACGCCUUGGAGUUGGGUGGGUUCUUGAAUGAUAAAAAGGAAAAAGAUGAGGAGAAGAGUGGAGCGAAGAGGAGAGCUGGGGGUAAGAGAUGA